AUGGCGCCCUUCCUUUCAGACGGGGAAGUAGUUGGGUUUGCUAUCAUUUGUAUGUUGUUGAAGCAGAAGAAGUCGGUGAGUAGCGGCGGCAGCGGUGCUGGUACGGCAGCCACUGCGGCUGCUGCUGGUGAUGCUGCUGCUGCUGCUGCUGCUGCUGCUGCUGCUGCUGGUGCCGCUGGUGUCGGUGCUGGUGGUUGUGUGGCAGCGGCGGUGGCGUUGCCGUCCGCUGCCGACCGUUAUCCGAUUCGGAGCGCAGCCAUGAGGUCUUUGACAUCUGCAGAGUCUGGGCCUGAAGUGCAAUCUUCGAGCGACGUCAUGGACCGCCGCCUGGUCAUCCUGUUGGACCCGGGGGAGAAGCGCUUCGCAUUCGACCAGGCCUUCGGCGCAGACACGGAUAAUGGUGUCCUCUUCGCCGCUACUGCUGAGCCACUGAUAGAUAGCGUUCUCGCCGGUCUCUCGACGAAGCAAAUGGUCCACGCUAAGUAUGAGUCACCAGUCACCCUCAACGCUCAGAUCCUGUUAGCCAUAGUUAACCCAGACAGCCUCAAAGUGCUUUUGCAGUUCACUCGGGUUAAAAAGGGGUGCGAAGCCACGGCCAUGACCUGGGCAAUACCAAACUUGAACUACACGACACACAGCAAACAUGGUCACAUGGUGACCGGAGCUGCUCAAACCGGCUGGGUGGCAGUUGCGGAAGUCAGCUGCUUCGUGGAGGUUUACAAUGAAGUGCUUCGCGAUCUGGGUGCCCGUGAUGGUCGCGAUGGAAUGCUGGACUUGCGAGAAGAUCCCAUCACAGGACCUUCUCUUUCUGGCGUGACUGAGAUCCAGGCGCAGUCCGUCCAACAGGUGAUGGAGCUCUUGCAGCAGGGAAACCUGCGAAGAACAACAGAGCCGACAGCCAUGAACGUCACCUCCUCACGGUCGCAUGCGGUCUUCCAGGUUCGCGUGGAGCGCCGAGACCCCAAGAAUCCAGAAGUUGGGACAGUUGGAAAACUGUCCAUGAUUGACUUGGCGGGUUCAGAACGGGCUUCCCAAACGCACAAUAGUGGCCUGCGGCUGCUGGAGGGAGCCAACAUCAAUCGGUCCCUGCUGGCACUGGGCAACUGCAUCAAUGCUUUGGCAUCGGGCUCCGGCUUCGUCCCUUUCCGAGACUCGAAGCUGACAAGGCUGCUGAAGGAUUCUUUAGGUGGGAACUGUCGGACGAUGAUGAUUGCCAACAUCUCGCCGAGCCACCUCUGCUACGAGGAUACGCUGAAUACCCUGAAGUAUGCAAAUCGGGCCAAGAACAUUCGCGUCAGUACCUCGCAGAAUCUGAUUCAGCCAGAUGACCACGUCAGACAAUAUGAGCACGCCAUUUCUGACCUUCGCCAAGAGGCGGCACUCCUGAAAGCUAAGCUAGUGCAGCGGGCGGCUUCGCAGCAGCUCCAGGAUGUGGAGGCAGAAACUGGAGGGGAGACGGAGUUGAAGGAGGCCAGUGAGAACUGGAAGUUGGAGAUCAUCAAGAAUCUGGAGAGUCGGUCCUCCCUCCAGCGAUCUCUGCUGGACGUAGAGAAGGCCCUGGUACAGUGGCGGGUGGAGCUCGAUCAUGCCAAGGAGGUGAUCUCCUGCUGGGACGAUCAGGGGCAGGCGAGCACGUCUUCUCGACCUCGACUGUCUGCAGAGCCUCAGACCUUGGAGGAAUGGAGGGAUUUGGUUAGUCAGAUUGAGGAAAACAUGAGCGAAAACGCGGAAACGCGGCGUUCAUUGGCGAGAAGACUUCAGCAGAACAAG